AUGGAUCUGGAGACCGACUCGGAUCAGAUUGCCAUCCCAGCGGUUUACAUGCGUGGAGGUUCUUCAAAGGCCAUUUUCUUCCAUGCACGCGACAUUCCCCCUGCCGGAAAGAAACGAGACAGGUUGCUCAAACGUAUCAUCGGCGCUCCGGAUCCACUGCAAAUCGAUGGAAUGGGUGGGGCAAAGGCUAUAACAUCAAAAAUGGCUAUUAUAUCUGAAUCCCGGAGAGACAUGACCGAUGUUGAUUACGAAUUUGUGCAAGUUGGUGUCGCAGACGACGAAGUGAAGUACAACAUGGCCUGUGGAAAUAUUUCAGCCGCCGUCGGGCCUUUUGCUGUGGAUGAAGGCUUGAUCAAAACCUUUAGAGAGGGGAAGGGACCACCGACUCCGUCUGACAGUACGACCUCUCAAGCCAACGGACUGAGCGGACUCGCGAAGACGCAAGCAGAGCCAAGGUAUCAGGAAAUCCGGAUAUACAACACCAGCACCGAAAAAAAUUUCAUUGCACAUAUUCCUGUCAAUGCAAAUGGAAAGAGCGUCUCUAAAGGCAAAUACCAAAUCGCUGCGGUUCCAGGAUCAGGUGCACCGAUCAUGCUCGACUACCGUGAAACUUUAGGAGCGGCUUUAAACAAAGGACUAUUUCCUACUGGGAAUCCUAAAGAUGAAAUAAAUAUGAGCAAUGGCCGCCGCGUCGGGAUAACAAUCAGCGAUGCAGGAAAUAUAUGUGUUUUUGCGCUUGCAAGAGAUCUGGACAUCACUGGUCAUGAGAGUGCUUCAGAGUUGACAAGAACCAAGCACCUCAUUCGUGCCACAAGAGAAUUGCGUGGCCGUGCCGCUCAGAUGGUGGGAAUGUGUGCUGACUGGAAUAAGGUCGAUGAACAGUCCCCAUUUUUACCCAUGCCCGUACUUAUUGCAGAUCCAACCCAUAGAGCAGGCUCAGGCGCCCACGUUUGCGGAAGGCUCUUCUUGGACAACAUGUGCCACGAGAGCAUGGCCGGGACCGGGUCUGUGAGCUUCGCAGCUGCAAGCAGGGUGGUGGGAUCUGUAGUGUACAAUCUUAUUGGGGCGGACGCUGCAAAGGAAACCACACUGAACAUUGAGCAUCCUAUGGGCAUCAUGCCCAUCGCCGUCGAGGUCGACAUGAUCCACGAGGAUGGAGGUGUACCAAGAUUCCUGACGUUAUCCUUUAUUAGGACGGCAAGAAGAUUGAUGGACGGCUCAGUGUACGUACCAGCUGAGGUCUUCGAAGACGAGGAGGCGUCUGUGGACGCCUAG